AUGGAUCCGAUGAAAGCGCAGCAGCUGGCGGCAGAGCUGGAGGUGGAGAUGAUGGCUGACAUGUACAACCGAAUGACAAAUGCGUGCCAUCGGAAGUGUGUCCCUCCACAUUACAAAGAGGCAGAGCUCACCAAAGGAGAGUCCGUGUGUUUGGAUCGCUGUGUUGCCAAGUACUUAGACCUUCACGAGAGACUGGGGCGCAAACUGACUGAACUGUCCGUGCAGGACGAGGAGAUGCUGAGGAAAGGGGCCGUCGGCAGCGGAUAA